UUGGUGGGUAUUGGCUGCACAUCCGGUUCGCCUGUCAAAUAGCAGUGAGCGAGCCGCACACCCCUACAAUAAUGUGGCACAUUGAAAGACAGGCAGUCAGACAGUAGGUACAUGUUCUUGCUCACGAUAGAACGGGAGUUGUUUGAUUGCUCUGCUCGAAUAGGAAUUUAAACCCUCCCUAUCAACUGAUUUAAAGAGACGUUUUGACAUUUGUCAUUGCUUAGCAUUCAUUUCUGAAAGAAAAUGGCGGAUGUAGAGACUGGUGGUGCUGCGCCGGAGAAGAGCCUGGAUGAUUUCUUUGCCAAGAGGGAUAAAAAAAAGAAGAAAGAAAAGGGAGGCAAGGGAAAGGAAGCCCCAUCUGGGCCCACACCAAUUGUAUUGAAAAAGAACAAGAAGGAAAAGGAGAAGUCCGGCACGAAAAAUGAAAAUCAAGAUGCGCAGCCGGAGAAGGAGGAUGAGGAGUGGAAGGAGUUUGAGGCAAAGGAGGUGGAUUACAGUGGACUCAGACUGCAGGCUCUGCAGAUAAGUGAUGAGAAGGAGGAAGAGGAGUAUGAGGAGGAGGUCGGUGAGGAUGGAGAGAUUAUCCUGGUCAGUGGAGACAAAAUGUCUGGACCCUGGAACAAAUCUGGUGCCCUGCCCCCAGCCGCUGCCCCUGUUGAGGUGGAAGAGGUGCCUGAGUCCAAGCCUUCUGGGGUGUACCGCCCCCCAGGGGCCCGACUGACUACCACAAAGCGUGGCCCCAACCAGGGGCCCCCUGAGAUCUUCAGCGACACACAGUUCCCCUCACUCAUGGCCGGCUCCAAACAUGUGGAGACACGCAGGGACAGAGAGAUGGAGAAGUCCUUUGAGGUUGUGAAGCACAAAAACCGUGGCCGAGAGGAGGGAGGCAGUGGCGCUUCCCUGCAGCAGUUGGAGCUUGGUAACCAGUACGCCAUCCUGGGGGACAAGUAGUGGCCUGCACAGCCAGCGUGGUCUUACCCAGCUGCCAGAGGGAGCUGAGCUACAGCAGUGUACCUAACUACAGCACAGUCCUGACAACAAACACUGGUGUUGCUGCCACCAUCACACUGGACCUCUCCUUCUCACGUACCACAGUACAAUACAUACAGUAUACAUACAAAUACCUCACACAGUCAACCAUAUACACUAACACACACACUUUACAUCUACAGACACUCCCACAAUGUCAAUACAUUCAUGUGUAUAUACAGUACAUACACAAAGCACCUGGUUGGCAAAACUGAAAGACUACAUCCAAAAUGGUUGUGGCAACGGGGAUCAACUGAAACAAAUAUCAAAACUAUAUGAUACACCCAUAUGAAUGACACUGCAGCAACAACAGCAAAGGCAACUUUAGGUUGUCUUUUGUGGAUUGUAUUCAGAGCAGCAGUGGUAUGGUACAACUUCUCUCUGGACUUCAACUUUCUUUGAUAAAGCCACAGAGGAUCAAAGAAGACACAAAAUUGGGCAAGAUUAAAUGGACUGUUGAGAAUGGAUAUAUUUUUUUUGUGAGAUCGUUAUAACCCAAACUGCACAUGGUUUGUAAUUGUUGGGGUGCGUUAUGGUUUGGGCACACGAGUGGAGACUAUCUCGGUUGCAUGGCUGUGGUGACCAUGUUGAGCGGGGACUUUGCUCUUAUUGGUGGUGAGUGGGGCAAACGCCAGCCCUGCAGAAGAGAACCACCAGGCUCUUCCACUUAGAUACUUUGAUUUCCUCAAAGGGACUCCUACAAAGAUCUGUGAACACGGGAGAGAAGUUAUGGUCCUCAUUCUGAAUGACUAUUUAAAAGUGGCCUUAGUGUAAAGAGAGAAACUGCCUCGUCCUCUAGAGAGAAACUUACUGGUUGUCUCGCGCGCUGUUGCUUGCCUCCUGGAUCGCACCAACCUCCCAAAUUCAAUAAUGUAGUGCUGAGUUUCAGUUUGUCAGAUUACACCAACUGUCCUUCAUAUCCACUGUUUGACUUGCUCGUCCUUUUUUUAUUUGAUUAUUAACAUCGGCAAAACAUUUAAGCUCUUUUCUAAUCUGAAGUCAUUACUUUGGUAGAUUACUUCUAAUUUUUUAAAGCAUUCUGAGGAUUCGGUCCGGAGUUUUUGUUUUACUUAGAGGGCUGUUUUCUUCACCAUAGUUUUUAUGUACUUACACCAUUUUGUAUAGGUGGGACAGAGGGAAGUGGAUUGACAUUGUUACAGGUGCAAAGACAUUAGCUACAGCGUCCCAAAAAUGACCCUUCUGUACUCGAUGCCUGUAAUUGACCGCAGUAAGUAUGGCCUGUCAUACUGCUGUCCAUUUUUUUUUUAUUACUUAGUUCAGUUGGAAAGAGUUCAGAUCCUUUGACUUUAUCCACAUUUUGCUACGUCACAGCCUUAUUCUAAAAUGGAUUAAAUAUUCUCAUCAGUCUAUACACAAUACCCCAUAAUGGCAAAGCGAAAACAUGUUUUUAGAAAUUUUAGCAAAUUUAUAAACAUUUACAUAAGUAUUCAGACACUUUGCUAUGAGACUCAAAAUUGAGCUUAGGUGUAUCCUGUUUCCAUUGAUCAUCCUUGAUGUUUCUACAACUUGAUUGGAGUCCACCUGUGGUAAAUUAAAUUGAUUGGACAUGAUUUGGAAAGGCACACACCUUGACAGUGCAUGUCAGAGUAAAAGUUUGGAACCACUAAGACUCUUCCUAGAUCUUCCCGCCCAGCCAAACUGAACAAUCGGGGGAGAAGGUCAGGGUGGUGACCAAGAUACCCAAUGGUCACUUGAUAGAGCUUCAGAGUUCCAAGAUUGUUGCGUCAUACCCAAGAAGACUCAAGGCUAUAUUCUCUGCCAAAGGUGCUUCAACAAAGUACUGAGUAAAGGGUCUGAAUACUUAUGUAAAUGUGAGUUUAUUUUUUCCCAAAAAAUCAUCUGUUUUUGCUUUGUUAUAUGUAAAUUUAUGGGGGAUAAACAAUUUAAUCAAUUUUACAAUAAGGCUGUAAUGUAACAAAAUGCUGGAAAAGUUAAGGAGCCUGAAUAUCUACUGAAUGCACUGCAUCUGUUUACUUUCUCUUAUGCUCAUUGCAUUGCUUCAGUCCAAGGCAUUGAAGUUUGCCUUGUUCUGCAGCAUGGAACUCACCCAUUUUCCUCCCUCCUCCCCAUAGAGAUAGAUGCCCUCAAAGGUUGUUCCAAAGAUAUGAAGAAUAUUAUUUCAGCACUUAUUGAAAUGUUUGUAGAGCAGGUCUAUGACAUGUAAUCGUGGUCAUGGAGAGCUUCAGUCAGUGGCUGCAGUCUGACUUUUUAUUUUUGGGUUUAGAUGAGAAUAAGAAUGUUUGCAUUUCCUUAGGUUGAACAGAGGGUUAGAACUAAAAAAGAGCUGGAGUUAAUUUCUGUCAAAGCCAAUCGAAAGGAGAUGUGGAGGGCAAUGUAACACAUUAUGCAGCCUGUGGUCCUCUGCCAAAACAUUGUGGGUGGAAGUAGUGAAAAUGUCUGAGGACUUAAUCAAAGAACAGUUUAACAAAAAAUAAACAGUGAUCCUUGUGAA